ACUGUGCUAACAGUAAUGUGUUUGGAGGAAGGGUCUGAAAUGUCGUUUUCAAGCACCUGUUCCUGAACGAGAUUUCCAAUGUUGGUGUGCCUGUGUUUUAGGGAAAAACCAGAGGAGAUAAUUGUCAGAACAAAGAUGGGACAUGGUGCCAGCAGCUCUGUUGGUAAGGGGGGCGGGAUACCGACUCUGUACAUUUACGGACUAAGUGCCCCCGCCAGAGCAGCAUGGAUGACGGCCAAGGCUGCUGAGAUUCCAGUCCACCUCAAAUACAUCGACCUCUUUAAAGGCGAACACAAGACGCCAGACUUUGCAAAGAUCAAUCCUGAUAUGACCUUGCCAACAUUAGUAGAUGGAGAUUUUACAUUGUGGGAAAGUCGUCCUAUAAUGCAAUACAUGGUCAGCAAAUGGGGAGGGAAGCACUCCUAUUUAUAUCCUAAAGACCUUCAAAAGAGGGCCAUAUGUGAUCGACUCAUGAACUUUGACCUUGGAUCUGUGUACAAAACAGUUACAGAAUUCACAUACCCCCAGUUAUUUCAAGGGAAGCCUCCUGAUCCUGACAAAGAGGCUGCCAUGAAGAAAGCAUUCGAAUACCUCAACCGACAUUUGGAUGGUGGUCAACAGUACAUGACUGGUGAUAACCUCACAGUCGUAGACAUCUCCAUGGCAACCAAUAUCUCCUUGACUGAGAUCAAAGGUUACAAACUGGACCAGUGGCCGGAUCUGGCAAUGUGGUACCGUCGAAUGAAGGCCCUCCCUUACUGGGCCGAGUGUAAUCGUGGACUGUACGAGUGGAAGUCCCCUCAGUGA